AUGCCAGAACAAACUCUCGCCGGCAAAGUAGCCAUUGUCAGUGGCUCCUCUUCAGGAAUAGGCGCAGCAAUCGUACGAGAGCUCUCGUUACGCGGCGCCAAUACCGUCGUAAACUACCCAUAUCCCGAUCAACAAGUCGAAGCCGACGCGGUGAUUGCAUCGCUACAAUCACCAUCAUCCGCAAUUACCGUGGAAGCAGAUAUGUCUCAAGUCGACUCUGCGCAGAAAUUGGUCGAUUCCGCAGUCACUAAAUGGGGACGUCUCGACAUCAUCGUCAACUGUGUUGCAUUAGCCGUCAACAAGCCCCUGGAAGAACAAACGCUGGAAGACUGGGAUCUUCUUGUCAACAUCAAUGGCCGUGGCACAUUCCUCCUUACCAAGGCUGCACUGCCUCAUCUCACGAAAGGAAGUGGGCGGAUCGUGAAUAUUGCCAGUAUCUCUGCUCGGGGUCCGCCGCCGAAUCAGACGAUAUAUGCCGGAACGAAGGGGAUGGUUGACUCGUUCACAAAGUGUUGGGCGAAAGAAUUGCCUCCGAAAUACGGAUGUACGGUAAAUGCAGUAAGCCCCGGGCCGACGCGGACGGAGGGGUUCGCUGCGGCUGGUGAGGAGCAAAUGAAAAUCCUCCAGCCCAUCAUCGACCAAACACCCGUGGGACCCCGGAUGGGACAGCCGGAUGAGAUCGCGUAUGCGGUUGGAUUCUUGUGUGAAGAGAGAGCGCGGUGGAUCAAUGGCGCACAUAUCAUUGCCUCCGGUGGGCUGUUUAUUGAUUAA